AUGCAUGUCUGGUGCCCCAAGCUCCUUGCCUGGGAGGCCUUAGGUGACCAUACCUUUGAUCUCCCACUUGCUGCUCCUCCCUCCACAGGUCUGAUUCCAGUGGACCUUCCCUCCCCACCCAUCCAUGCCAGCAAUGUCACUGGUCCCUCCACCAGCACCACCACUGAGUUCUGGGACAAGGGGAAAGGUAAGGCCAUUGAUGCUGACCUGGAGCCCAAGGUGGAAGGGAGCUGGAAGAGGAAGUCUCCCAUGAUUUUGGGACUCUCCUCCCAACUGCCAAAGUCUGUGAUGAAGACUCGCAAGCGUGCGAAGUCCUCUUGCUGGGUGACAUCCAAGCCCCUAGUGGACUUGGAAGAUGAGGAAGACAUGGGUAUUCAGCCAUUGUUGGGUGGAGUGCCGGAUGUCAUCCUUCCCCGGCUCUCCAAUUUGCCUAGAUCACCCCGGGUUCAGAUCAAAAAGCCCUUUGGCCCUGCUACAGUGAUUGCCAGCAGUCACCCAGUGGUCAUCAAGCCCUCCCAGCCAACUCCUGAAAGCCUGGUGGAGGCACCCCCAGUCAUCAAUGGAGGUGAUAUUCUCAUUCCUGGACCAGUGAAACAACCCAUGCCAGGCUUGCACCAAGCUAAACUGGGACUGUACAACUCGGUUGGACAAGAGGACCAGGAAUCCAUGUAUGUUGUGCAUCCACUGCACAACAAAGAAGAUCAAGUGCAUCCCAGCGACCAUGGGUACCCCACCAAAACGCAUUCAUGGGUCCUCUACCACCCGGAACACAAGGUCCAGGAUGCCCUCCAAGGCUCCCUCCAAAGCUCCCCCCACCUCCCAAUCCAAGGCCCAGACUCACAAACUCCGGGUGUCAUGGCUGUGACAACCCCCAAGACCCAGAUGCAUGGUUGCAGCAAGACCAUCACUGCCAUCAAGGCACCUGCACCUGCACCAGCUUCACCUCCAUCUUCAAGUUCGGCAGUCCCUGCUGCAGCACUCAACCUGCCCAUGCCAGAUCUACAUGCCAUGGCAAUUGCAAUUCAGGAUGGCGCAGCUCACAUCACCAUUCUCAAGGCUUGUGUGGCAGAGCAGGAUAGUAAGAUUGAUACCCUGCAAUGCCUCCAUGAAGGCCUUAGGCACGAAAUCGUCGACCAGCACCCCACAUUCCCACUUCCAGAACCUCUGGCCAAUGCAACAUCCUUGUUGCUUGAUCAAUCCAUCCCCCUGUCCAUGUCACCAUCCACAUCUGCACUCCUCCCUCUCAUUGAUCUCUCAAUUGGAGAGAUGAUGCCCGCACCCCCGAAAUUUGAGGAUGCCUCUGCCAUUGAGGGCCUCCUGUUUGAGUACAACCAGGUUGUUCAACCAGAGCUUCCAGAUACAUCCAGUGAAAAUGUGGACCCAGGUGAUCCGGGCAACCUGGUCCCAGAAUAUGAUUCUUCCAAUGACAUGGAUGUUGAGGUGAAGGUUGAAGUGUCUUCUGAGGAGGUUGACAUGGCUACAUAA